CACGCGCACCCCCUAUCAAAACAAACACGUUCACCUUCUGGUUUCUGCAGUUUCCGAUCCUGUUUUGUUGAAAUAUUUUCUGGAUUGUCUAGUAAGUGAAUGCGGUUACGCAAAGAAAAUGGAAGCUAAUAAAUCCAAACCAGCGUCGGAAGAAGAAGCACCAGUUCGGUUACCUCAGAAACGGUUCUACCGACAACGGGCACAUUCCAAUCCCAUCGCUGAUCACAGUUUUGAAUACCCCGUCCGUCCGGAGGAUUACGAUUGGACCCAGCACUAUCCCACGAUGGGCGAAGGACAGCAGGUGGAAUUCGCCGAUAUUGGCUGCGGCUACGGGGGUUUCCUAGUUACCCUAGGAGAACUAUUCCCAAAUAAGUACGCCAUCGGUAUGGAGAUUCGCGUCAAAGUGUCCGACUACGUGAUUGAUCGCAUUCAGGCACUGCGAAAGCUGCAUGAAGGACAGUACCAGAACAUUGCCUGCAUCCGGACGAACGCGAUGAAAUAUCUGGUGAAUUAUUUCCGCAAAGGACAGCUGGAGAAGAUGUUCUUUCUGUAUCCGGAUCCGCAUUUUAAGAAAGCGAAACACAAGUGGCGCAUUAUCAAUCCGGCCUUGCUGGCUGAGUACAGUUACGUGCUGAGGGAGGGUGGCCACAUCUACACGGUUACGGAUGUGCGUGAUUUGCAUGAAUGGAUGUGCAAACAUAUCGAGCAGCAUCCGGCCUUCGAGCGACUGAGUGAAGAGCAGCUCCGGGAGGAUAUUCUUGCGGAAAAGCUUCUUGAUAGUAGCGAGGAGGGCAAGAAGGUGACGCGGAACAAUGGAGAUAAGUUUGUAGCGAUUUUCCGGAGAGUGUAAUAAAGAAGUUCUUCAGUUUCA